UAAAUAAACCGUUAACGCUGUCCAAAACCCCUUCAACCCUUCCAGUAAUAAUAAUAUUCGGCACCGGCACCCUAGACUACUUCCUGAACUACAAGACGCCGGCCGGCAGCGACUGUGGGGGCAAGCAGUGCCCUAGCAUGGUGUACCUCGUGUGGAUAGGCAACAUGGUGCUGGCUUCAGCCGCCGUGCUGGCCGGCUGGCGCUCCGCAAAGGAGAGGAUACGGCAGAUGGUCAAGAGCUUUAAUGAUAUGGAGAAGAUAAACCAAGAUCUUGGGUUUGAGGAGAAACGCAGCAAAGACUGGAAGAGACUGCUAUUCUGUAUCCUUCUGCAGACUGCUGCCACCACCCUGUUGGCGUACAUGUACAAACGCUUCAGCCAGAACAACGUCAGAGAACGACGUACUAAGGUAGGCUACUCGCCGCUACUGGUGAUGCAGUGGCUGGUGUUCCUAUUGGCCCAGCAGUUCUCGCUCUCUGUCAUGCACGUCAACUCUUCCCUCUCGGCUAUCAACUCUGCACUGGAACAAGAAUUGAGGACUUUGGACCAGCAAACUAACUUCACCAAGUUCAGCCGCAGCUGCGGCUGGGUGCGGCGGCUGGCGCGGCACCACGGCUGGGUGUGCGACGCCGCCGACUCGCUCGACCACACCUACGGAACCUUCCUGUACUUCGCCUUCGGAAACUUCUUGCUCUACCUCAUUGCCAAGCCGUAUUAUCUGCUGCAUGAUGUUAUUGAGGUGGGCUUCGUGGAGUUCUCGGUGAUCGCGCUGCAGAUGUCGUGGGUGGGGCUGUACCUGCUCACCAUCAUGGCUGUUAUAGAGCCGUGCCACGACAUGGCUGUGCAGAUGCGCCUGACCCGCAGCCUGGCGGCGGAACUGUCCCGGCGCGCCGGCUGCCCGCUGCUGCAGAAGAGCCUCCGCACCCUGGCGGCCGUGCUCAUGCUGCGGCAGCCACACUUCGCGCCGCUUGGCUUGUUCACGUUGGACCGACCGCUCAUUAUUAAUAUCAUGUCCGAAGUCACUACACUGCUUUUGGUAAUAAUUCAGUUCCAACAGUUAACCGGUUACUAUAAAACUGAUUAAAUUGAUGAAUAAGUAUGUAGUCA